UUACUCCCGCGAAAAUGAGGACACCUGACAACGUCGACUCCCCGAACUUGUUUCCAGGUGGUUUCGUGGUCGAAUGGGGGCUUGUUAGAGACUAAAAACAGCCCGGACAGGAACAAACCGCGUCCCGUCUUUAACGUUAGUUAAAGCCUUCAGCGGAUCAUCUCGACGCUGCUGCGCCAACUGGCGGACGGACGUUGGUUUUAGCGCCGUUGUUAUGAACGUGGUGCAUUGUGGGCUACAAAAUGUCUCCCAAGAGCGCUGGCUAACGCUACUUUGAGAGAGAUAACUGCGAAUAAAUAUACGUCUUGCUCUUCUUUCCGCCGCUGACGUGUCGGUGUUUAUAGAUGAUAAGCUAGCUAAGCUAGCUGCUGCCGCCAUGUCCACGAAAGCGGAGUCCAGGGUGUCCAGCUCCAGUUCCAGCUCCAGAACCGAUGAAAGGAAGAGAUCGAGCAGUACAGGUCGAGAAAAAACGAAACGGAAACGCAGUCGCAGUAGGUCUUCCUCGUCGUCCUCUUCUAGGUCAUCAUCAUCAUCUUCGUCCUCGUCGUCCUCUUCUUCGUCGGGCUCGUCAAACUCAUCCAGCAACAGUCGGAGUAGCUCUAGCAGUAGCGACUCUCACAGUAAAUCCAGAAAGCAGUCUAAGAAAAGGAAAAAGGAGAAACCCAAAAAACAGAAAGUUAAGAAGGAAAAACGACACAAACGUAAAAAGGACAAGAAAGCAAAAGGAGGAGAGGAAAACACGGGACCUGUACAAAUCUCCAAGUACUUGAAGGACAAGAAGAAGGGCAAGUACAGCAUGAUUUCAGGGAAGAAGAUAAAAAUGAAAGUAAAGAAGUCGAAAAAAGACAAACAGCGAGAUAAAAAUCGAGCAGAACUUCUUGAGUUCUUGAACUCCACCCUGUGAUGCCACUCAGAUCCUCCGGCAGAACUCCGGAGACAACAACUCUGCUUUUCAGGAGAACAACAAUGAAGAGUUUUCUGAGAAAGAGAUGAUUACAACUUGCAUUGACACACAGGCAGCACACGGCCUGAUGGGGCGAAGAAGCCGCGUUCAGAACACUUUCCUGAUUUUCAUCGUGGCGCCGUCCAGGCGGCGGAUUCUUCAGCGUGAGCCGGUAGCUUUUGUGAUGAGAGAAAUGUUUGUGACCAGCAGUGUCAUCAAAAAUGAUAUCUGUAGUAACUCCACCACAUGAAGGUCGGUGACGGCCGGCGAUCGGCUUUCUUUGUGGUUUGAACUUCUGGUCCCACCCCCUCGAACAGUUUACUCCACCGUUAAAACAUUUUAUCUUUAGAACAUCAGAUCACAGUGUACCAGAAACAUUUUCUUCUUCCAUCUUUUUUAUUUUACUCUUCUUCCAAACCAGCUGCAUACAUUACCCAGAAUUCAACCUGUCAGGCCUCAGAGAUCCGGUAAACUCACUUUGUAACUCGGUCCCAACCCGCCAGACUCAUGUGACAUCACUUAAGUCAAUUUGUCCAACUUCAUGUGGCAUCACACAACUUUUACUCUCACACGCGCAGCGGUACUCGUCAACCCCCCUAAAAAGACUUUGAUGUGUAAAAUCGAUUCGCCUUUAGUUAAUGUCAACCGCUCCUCAUGUAAGAUUACUGUAAAUGUGAGGGUUAUCAGUGUGUACUGAUAUUUAUAUGUGUACCUUUGUUUCAAAUUAUAAGGGAAUCAACUUUGAUGGUAACUGUAUGUAUUAUUCAUAACAUUCAUUCCCCCAGAUUCUGUCUUCUCUAUUGUUUCAACUUUAUUCAUUUUAUUAAAUGGAAAUCAAUCAA